AUGCUGAAAGAGAAGCAUAAAAAAGAAGAUUUAAAAAAAGCAAAACAAAUAAACUGCAGAGUAGGAUCAGCUUCUUCAUCAUGGUAUCCACUUGCCGAAGAAUCACUAAAAAAGUGGAUAAUUAAUUUGUAUGAAAGAGAAAUAGGUGUUACACCUUCUGAUGUCAAGAGUCAUAUAAAACGUCUACUUGUUACUGAAUUUAGCCAAAUUUAUCCUUAUGUAGAUUUGCAAGAAAAACUUUCAGCAUUUUAUGAAAAUAUUAAUCAAUCACGAAGAAACAAUAAUUUUGACCUAAGCUGCAUUGCUAAUUUAGAUGAAACUUCUAUUUUUUUUAAUAUGGUUGGUGCUCUUACACUUGAUCUUUGUGCUGAAAGUCAAAGAAGAUCUUUGUUAAUAUUAGAUUCAUUUAAAGAACACAUAACUGAUUCAGUAAAAAAUGAAAUUCAAAAGGCCAAUACCAUUUUGGGUAUUAUACCUAGAGGACUUAUAUAUAUUGUACAACCUUUAGAUGUAAGUAUUAAUAAGCCAUUUAAAAACAGACUUCGUGAUAAAUGGAGAGUUUGGAUAGCUGUUAGAGAACAUAUAUUUACUAAAACUGGAAAUAUAAAAAAGCCAGAGCCUGAUUUAAUGUGCCACUGGAUUAUGGAAGCAUGGAAUGAUAUCUCGCCAGAAAUUAUAGUCAAGUCUUUUAAAAGAUAUAGAAUAUCUAAUGCUUUGGAUAGUUUAGAAAAUGAAUUAAUUGAAAAAGGUGAAGAUAAUAAUGAGCAUGUUGUUAUAUUCAAUAAUGAAAAUGAAAAUAAAGAAGGUAUUGAAACCAUAUUAUUAAUUUGA